AUGAGCUGUGGUCGAGGAGCGGACAUCACAGAGACAUCCCUGGAUAGCAGCACCAUGCCCCAGCCCCAAUUCAUGAGAGCCAGGAGUGCUCUGCUGAGAGAGUGUAUGGCCGAGUUCCUGGGGACUUUUGUUUUGCUGCUCUUUGGCUGCUCUGCGGCUGCUCAGGUGAAGACCAGUCGAGAAACGAAGGGACAAUUUCUCUCCACAAACAUGGCCUUCUCUGUGGGUGUCAUGUCGGCCAUGUACCUCACCAAAGGAAUAUCGGGAGCCCAUCUGAACCCUGCUGUGAGCCUGAGCUUCUGUGUGGUGGGACAGGUGCGCUGGAGUCGCCUGCUGCCGUACUCCCUGUCCCAGAUCCUGGGGGCUUACACAGCCUCAGCCAUGGUCUAUCUCGUUUACUACGAUGCAAUUAUGGAUUUCAGUGGAGGAGUGCUCACAGUUUAUGGGCCAAACGAGACAGCUUCUAUAUUUGCCACUUAUCCAUCCCAGUACUUGACGCUGAGCAGAAGCUUUCUUGACCAGGUUGUUGGCACUGGCAUGCUGCUGCUGUGUAUCCUGAGUCUGGGUGAAAAGCGGAACACCCCUGCACCAGAAAAGCUCAUUCCUGCCAUCGUGGCUGUUAUUGUUCUGGGUAUAUCCAUGUCGAUGUCUGCCAACUGCGGGGCAGCCAUAAACCCGGCCAGAGACCUGGGGCCUCGUCUCUUCACUCUGACAGCGGGGUGGGGAACUGAGGUCUUCACUUGUUACAACUACUGGUUCUGGGUGCCCAUAGUCGCGCCUCUGAUUGGAGCAGUUAUCGGGGAGAAAAGAUGCAGGAAGCGGGUACGUGCAAAGAGAAGUGUGGAGAUCCAGGUGGGACCCAUCGAGUGCAUAGACGUGGCUGUACAAGUGGGGUCUGAAGUUUGGGAGACAGGCACACAAGUCCAAUCAGAGGGAACAUCUGCAGAUAAAAGUGUACAAACGGACAUCUCGUUUGUAGAGAUGGGAACUCAGACGGAUGUUUCAGGGAUGUUUCCGGCUGGACAGAGGUCAGAAGAACACGCUGCUUCAGACCCCCUGCAGGCACAUGGAAGUGACUUGAUGGAGUCCAGCGAAGUCAAUGAAGUCGAAGUGGAAAAUGAAGGAGGCUUCUGGUCAACUUUCAAAUCCAGGGCAAAGAAAGUGGUCACAGCAAGUUUGUGGGUUGUGCCUGCUGUGGCUAUUGGCUCACCUCCACACCGGCCUCUAGAGCAGCCUGCUCCCAGUCCCAUCGCCUCUGGAGCCGCCGCAGGGACCAGCGGACCGAACCCUGAGGAUGAGCGACCGUCAUCUCACCCGCGCUUAGCCCUCCGUAAAGAGGAGGAGCGACGGGUCAAAGCCAACGACCGAGAACACAAUGAGAGGUUUCAGUAUGCGAGUAACUGCAUCACCACAUCCAAGUACAACGUCCUCACUUUUCUGCCCAUCAACCUGUUUGAGCAGUUCCAGGAAGUAGCCAAUACCUACUUUCUGUUCCUGCUCAUACUGCAGCUGAUUCCUCAGGUCUCCUCUCUGUCCUGGUUCACCACCAUCGUGCCUUUAGCUCUAGUGCUGAGCAUCACUGCGAUAAAGGACGCGACAGACGACUAUUUCCGACAUAAAAGCGAUAACCAAGUGAACAACCGGCAGUCCCAGGUCCUCAUUCGCGGCUUGAUCCAAAAAGAAAAAUGGAUGAACGUUCGAGUAGGUGACAUCAUAAAAUUGGAAAAUAACCAGUUUGUGGCUGCCGACCUGCUGCUGCUGUCCAGCACGGAGCCUCAUGGACUGUGUUACAUAGAGACGGCUGAGUUGGACGGAGAGACCAAUAUGAAGGUCCGCCAGUCUGUCUGCGUCACGUGUGAACUCGGGGACACCAACAACCUGGCUGCAUUCAACGGUGAAGUAGUGUGUGAACCCCCCAACAACAAGCUGGACCGUUUCAGUGGGACCCUUUACUGGAAAGACCGGAAACACAGUUUGACCAAUCAGAACAUGCUGCUGCGUGGAUGUGUCCUCCGCAACACUGAGUUCUGCUAUGGCCUGGUUAUCUUUGCAGGACCAGACACCAAGCUGAUGCAGAACAGUGGACGCACAAAGUUCAAACGCACCAGCAUCGACCGCCUCAUGAACACUUUGGUCCUCUGGAUCUUUUGCUUCUUGGUGUGCAUGGGAGUCAUCCUGGCUGUGGGUAACGCAGUGUGGGAGAGAGAGAUGGGGGUCCGCUUUCAGAGGUUCCUGCCCUGGGACCCUCCAGUCGACAGCUGCCUCUUUUCAGCUUUCCUCUCCUUCUGGUCCUACGUCAUCAUCCUCAACACUGUGGUGCCUAUAUCUCUCUAUGUGAGUGUGGAGGUGAUUCGACUGGGACAAAGUUACUUCAUAAACUGGGACAGACAUAUGUACUGUUCACUGUGUAACACGGCAGCAGAGGCCCGGACCACCACUCUGAACGAGGAGCUGGGCCAGAAACUGGACUUCACACCUUUCAACUCCCUGGCCGACCCAAACUUCUGUUUCUAUGACGACACGCUCCUGGAGUCGGUCAAAGUAGGCGACUACUGCACUCAUGAGUUCUUCCGGCUCCUCUCCCUGUGUCACACUGUGAUGAGUGAGGAGAAAAAAGAAGGAGAGCUGGUGUACAAAGCCCAGUCUCCAGAUGAAGCCGCUCUCGUCACCGCGGCUCGGAACUUUGGCUUUGUGUUUCGUUCUCGGACCCCAGGGACCAUCAGCACCACAGAGAUGGGGCGCUCCGUCACCUACUCCCUGCUCGCCAUCCUGGACUUCAACAACAUACGCAAGAGGAUGUCUGUGAUCGUGCGUAACCCUGAGGGCAGGAUUCGUCUGUACUGUAAAGGAGCAGACACCGUGCUGUUGGAGAGACUACACCAAUGUAACCAGGAGAUCAUGAACAUCACCGCUGACCACCUCAACGAGUAUGGGGCGGACGGGCUGCGGACCCUGGCUCUAGCCUACAGGGAGCUGUCGGAGGAGCAGUGGGAGUCCUGGUCUGAGAGGCAGCGCAGUGCGGAGAAGGCGAGCGACUGCAGAGAGGAGCGACUGGCAGCUGUGUACGAGGACAUCGAGCAGGACAUGACGCUCCUAGGUGCCACUGCGAUUGAGGACAAGUUACAGGAUGGUGUUCCAGAAACCAUCGCUGUCCUGUCACUGGCCAAUAUCAAGGUCUGGGUGCUGACGGGGGACAAACAGGAAACUGCAGUGAAUAUCGGUUACUCCUGUAAGAUGCUGACGGACGACAUGUCAGAAGUCUUUGUCAUCAGUGGAAACACGGUUCAGUGCGUUCGCCAGGAGCUCAGAGCCGCGAAGCAGAGGAUGGUGGAAUUGUCCCAUACCUCAGAAGAAGGAAAGGACGUCUUUGCUGAAGCCUGUGUUUUGAGAUCAGAAUCACGAGGAGAUGGAGGAGUUACAGAAGGGAAAACUGAACGACCUGUAGAGUCUCCUGCUCCUUCGUUAAACCACAUAGACAACAUCUCUGGAGAGUUCGGCCUCGUCAUCCACGGACACAGCCUGGCCCAUGCGUUGGAAGCGGACAUGGAGACAGAGUUCGUGUCCACUGCUUGUGCGUGCAAAGCUGUGAUCUGCUGCAGAGUGACGCCGCUGCAGAAAGCACAAGUGGUGGAACUCAUCAAGAGGCACAAGAGAGCAGUGACGCUGGCUGUGGGGGACGGGGCCAACGACAUCAGCAUGAUCAAGAGACAAGAGGGUAACCAGGCAGUUUUGGCCAGUGACUACUCUUUCUCUCAGUUUCGGUUUCUCCAGCGGCUGCUGCUGGUGCACGGCCGCUGGUCCUAUCUGAGAAUGUGCCGUUUCCUCUGCUACUUUUUCUACAAGAACUUUGCCUUCACCAUGGUGCACUUCUGGUUUGGAUUCUUCUGUGGAUUCUCAGCUCAGACAGUUUAUGAUCAGUUCUUCAUAACGCUCUACAACAUUGUCUACACCUCACUCCCAGUGCUGGCAAUGGGAGUAUUUGAUCAGGACGUCCCGGAUGCCAGGAGCCUGGAGUACCCGAAGCUCUAUGAGCCGGGUCAGCUCAACCUGCUGUUCAACAAAAGAGAGUUCUUCAUCUGCAUUGCACAGGGCAUCUACACGUCGGUGGUGCUGUUUUUUGUUCCUUACGCCGUGUUAUCUGAUGCCACCCAAAGCUCCGGAGAGCCUCUCGCUGACUACCAGACAUUCGCUGUCACCACGGCAACUGCUCUGGUCAUCGUGGUCAGCGUGCAGAUUGCUCUGGACACUGGCUACUGGACCAUCUUCAACCAUGUGUUUAUCUGGGGAUCCUUAGGCCUCUACUUCAGCAUCAUGUUUGCCCUGCACAGCCAGACGCUCUUCAAGAUCUUUCCCAAACAUUUCCACUUUGUAGGUAGUGCCCAGAGCACCCUGUUGCAGCCAGUCGUGUGGUUAACUAUUGCACUGGCCACUGCAAUAUGCAUAGUUCCAGUUUUGACUUUCCGCUUUCUCAAGUUGGAUCUCAGGCCUCAGCUCUCAGACACGGUGCGGUACACACAGUUGGUCCGUCAGAAGAAAAGGAAGCUUGCAGAAAGGAGUGCAGCAGGACACUGGCGCGGGGCCAGUACCAUGUCGGAGGGGCGUCUCGGGACCCGCAGCGGCUCCCGGAGGUCCGGUUAUGCCUUCGCUCAUCAGGAGGGCUUUGGGGAGCUCAUCACCUCAGGGAAAAACAUGCGCCUCUCGUCUCUGGUGCUGGGCUCCUUUGGGUCCAAGCACAGCUCCAGCUGGAUCGACACUCUGCGGCGUAAGAAGCACACGCCGCCCAGCACCUCCGGAGACUGCAGCCCCGCCCCCAGCUCCCAGGCCUCGAUCCCACCUCUGUCCACCUCAUCCUCUGUGAUGGGAGGGUCCCAGGACACCCCCAUUGAGGAGGAAAUAGACACAACUACAGGCCAAAGUGCAGCUCUGUCUUCAUCUGAAACCAACGGAGCCUUAGCUCAUCAGCACACGCUCACCUCCUGCGCCCCAGAGACCGGCCAGAACUCCCCCGCGGGCUGGACCCUCAGUCUGGGAGCAGUGCAGGAAGCCCUGUUUGGAUGGAGGAGCACGUCUUGCACCAAUGCAGCCAGUUCUGGCCCAACAUGA